GAGGGAGAUCUGGAGGGAACACCCUCCCACCAUCACCAGACCUGCAGGAACUACUGCAACAUUGCGCACAAAGCACCCGUAAUCCCUGCCACUGGACAAGCUGAAGAUGCUAUCAUUGGUGGUGGGAUGAUGGGCGCUUCGGCCACGACGAAUCCGAGCAGUCGGCCAGCCAUGAUGGGCGACAACGGACGGACUCGGGAGGCAAGCGUGCCAAUCAGCAUGGGGGUAAGAUCUUUGUGUCUGCAAAGAACCGCCCUCCAGCCAGAGAUUGAAGCUCUGUGUGAUGGGGGAGGUGUUCGUGUGAUUGGCAGGCUCUAA